AUGCUGAGCCCGCGGCGUGGGGACGAAGCCGCGCAGCUCGCCCCUCGGCGUGCCCGCGUCCCGGUGCCCGCGCCCAGACUCCCGGCCCCCGACGUGCCCCCAGCUUCCGCCCGCCUGGGUCUUGCCUGCCUUCUGCUGCUGCUGCUGCUGACUCUGCCGGCCCGGGUGGACACAUCCUGGUGGUACAUAGGGGCACUGGGAGCCCGAGUGAUCUGUGACAACAUCCCUGGUUUGGUGAGCCGCCAGCGGCAGUUGUGCCAGCGUUACCCAGACAUCAUGCGCUCAGUGGGUGAAGGUGCCAGAGAAUGGAUCCGAGAGUGUCAGCACCAGUUCCGUCAUCACCGCUGGAAUUGUACCACACUGGACCGGGACCACACUGUCUUUGGCCGUGUCAUGCUUAGAAGUAGCCGGGAGGCAGCGUUUGUCUAUGCCAUCUCAUCAGCAGGAGUGGUGCAUGCGAUCACUCGGGCCUGCAGCCAGGGUGAACUGAGCGUGUGUAGCUGUGACCCAUAUACCCGAGGUCGGCACCAUGACCAACGAGGGGACUUUGACUGGGGUGGCUGCAGUGACAACAUCCACUAUGGUGUCCGCUUUGCCAAGGCUUUUGUGGAUGCCAAAGAGAAGAGGCUUAAGGAUGCACGGGCCCUCAUGAACUUGCAUAACAACCGCUGUGGUCGCACGGCUGUGCGGCGGUUCCUGAAGCUGGAGUGUAAGUGUCACGGUGUGAGCGGCUCCUGUACUCUGCGCACCUGCUGGAGGGCACUCUCGGACUUCCGCCGCACUGGGGACUACCUGAGGAGGCGGUAUGAUGGGGCCGUGCAGGUGACUGCCACUCAGGAUGGCGCCAAUUUCACAGCAGCCCGCCAAGGCUAUCGCCACGCCACCCGGACUGAUCUUGUCUACUUUGACAACUCCCCUGAUUACUGUGUCUUGGACAAGGCUGCAGGUUCCCUAGGUACGGCAGGCCGAAUCUGCAGCAAGACUUCAAAAGGAACAGAUGGUUGUGAAAUCAUGUGUUGCGGCCGAGGGUACGACACAACUCGAGUCACCCGUGUCACCCAGUGUGAGUGCAAAUUCCACUGGUGCUGUGCUGUGCGGUGCAAGGAGUGCAAAAACACUGUGGAUGUCCACACUUGCAAGGCCCCUAAGAAGGCAGAGUGGCUGGACCAGACCUGAACACACAGACACCUCAUACUGCCCUCCACUUCCAGCCUCUGAUUCAAAAGCACGAGAUCUUUGCAUGCACACCUUCCUCCACCCUCAAUCCUGGGCUGCUACAGCUUCUGUUACAGACUUGGAGAGUGGUCCAGAGGGAGCCCAAUGUCCCUGCUGGUUCCUUAGCCCUAGGAAGGAGUUGAUAGGGGAUGGAUAUAACAGACUGAGUGGCUCCCUGAUGAUCAUCUGAGGUUUGAAGGGAGAGUAGAAGAGGUAGGAGGCUGUCUUCAGAGUGAUUUGAGUUGCACUAAAGUCAAGACUCAUUUUCCCCUUCGCUUGCACUGACUUUCUGAUACUCUUUGGGUAUGCAACAGAAAGGGAACUUGGAGGUAGCUUCCUUUUUUUGAUCCUACUCUAGCUGAGGAUAGAUAGGAUAGAGAGAAAACUGCCUGUCCCUUCACUGGAGACGGUUUGUGCAGAUUCUAGGCUAUAGUGUUCUGCUGAGACCCUGAGAUAGCUAGAUGAGUUAGCCAUGGUGAACAAGGCUCCACAUCAUUUUAUGAAGCUUAUAAACUAGUGGUUUUGUGAGGAGGAAAAUCACAUAGCUGUACAAAUACACAUUCUUCCCGUCUCCCUUUCCACCUACAUCAGACAGCAGCAGCCUGCUUACUGGCUGCUGUUCAGGAGGUAGCUUGAAGUGGUUCAAGUCUUAAUAGACCAUCAGAGCCCUGAAACAGGACUGUGAGAGAAUAACACAGCAAGCCUGGCUACGCCUUGGGACCUUCCCCCAUCAAUCUUUCUGAAGAUUUAGUAGGCUUGGAAAAGACUAAGUAAAAGUGGGUAACUCAUGGGAGAGGGUAAGCAUACCUGAUCUCAAGGGCUAUAUGAGGAUCAGUGUAUACUAGGAAGGUAGAAAUCUCUCAUUUUUGGCAGUUCUUUAGGAGAGGAUCUCCAGAUCUUCAGCUUUGAGGUAGGAGCAAAAGCAAGUAGCUACAUAGAGAAAGAGAGCUGGUGCUGGAGCAAAGUGGUAAACAUCUUAGAAGGCAGUAGCCUUCCGCAUUUAUUUAGCAUAUCUUUUUGUGUGUGUGUGAUUCCCCAAGUCCUACUGAUAACUACUGUCCAUUCCAUGAUUAACUUAAACAGGGAGGUUCCCUCUAUGCUACUAACCACUGUCUAAUGAGGCUAUGCAGGAAUGGAGUAUACAGUAGGCAUAGUGAGCUAGAAGGUAGGACAUGGGGUUUGAAACCUCGAUGGCUUAGUUUUAUGUGCCCUAGACAGUGGCCAUCUUCUUGCCUACUGAUAACUAGUAUAGGAAUCUGCAGUUACAACAGACCUAGGUUUAAUCCCAGCUAUUUUCUCACUCACUGUAUUUUUUUAUUUUUAGCUGGACCUUUAAAUUCUCCUGGUCCACUUUUUUAUCUGCAAAACAAAGAGUGCAUGCCUCACUCAGAUAUUGAGAUUUAACUCCAGCCAACUGAUACAUGUCACCAAAGCUUCUGACUUGUCAAGUAAAUCCUAACUUCUCUAGGAACUUCUAAUUUAGGACUGUCUGGUCUUGACAACAGACUGUAGGUUAAGAAGCUUUCACAAGGAAUUCUUGAUUUAGAUCCUCUUUCUUUUCUCAGGUUCUUCUUCAUCCAAUUGGGCUCUCAGAUGUUUGUGGAGCAACUUCAUUCUGCCCAGGCAGCAGGAGGCUGGGGAGGGGGGCUGCUCUGGCCACCGAGGCAGAUUUAUUUGGAUGAUAGGACUAAUAUUUGUGUAACCUGCUGAGACCUGUGUGGGAGAGUUUAGGGUGGUUUUUCUUUUGGUGAGGGGAUUUACUCUGGUUUCACAUCCAUUAACACAAAACAUGAGCUAGUCAGGGCCCUUGUGGUCUGUGGUGAGGGGAUGACUGGAGAAAUAGGACUGAAUGAGUCAGGCCUAGAGAAUGUCUUCCUUUAGGAGUAGAGUCAACUGGAUAACUGAUGAGCCAGUGGUGGGAUUAGGGCCGGGGAAUGGGAGGGGAAGAGGAAAAGGAGAGAAGCUUUGGAGCAGGGUGAGAAUACCAAGUUGCUACAUCAAUGAAGGCACAGGACUUCUAUGGGAAGUCAACCUGAGUUAAGUCGGCCUGUGCUGUAUUCUCUACUUUCUGAGUUUGGGUUCUUAGAAGUGGUAGAGCUCCCUGACAUCUCAUAGUACUCCAUGCUUCUCCCUGGGCUCCAAAUUCUAGCUGAUAAAGAUAUACAACCUCAUAUAAAUGGUAACGAGAGAAAUAGCUGUCCAGGGAGUGAGAAGUUUCUGAAGUGAGGUGUUUAUGUGAGAGAAAAGAUGUCUAUCUGAGCCCUGCCACAGAAGCUGUGUGGCCCUAGAAAGGAAUGAUGGCCAAGCAAUGAAUUUUGCCGUAGAAUUCAGCUUGUCUCCACAUUCCAACUGGCUUUAGACAACUGGCGUUCAUUCUGCACUAUACAAACAGAAACUGAUUUAUUUGGAACAAGCAACAAAACAAGAACUUUAUUUGGUGCCGGGGCUCCACAUAGCUCUGCUGCUAACCCCCUCAUCUGUUCUGAAGGCCCCUUCUUCCAUCUGGUCUCUAUAUGGUAGAGGCUGUCAUCCGUCCGAAGUGGCUUAGCCUCCUUCCUCUUUUCCUUUCCCUCUUGUUGGUCCUCAUUUCAUCUUUUGAUAAAUAUUUAGGACAGUGUAUUUCAAUAAGUGCUAUUUGGAUACAAGGUAAAUGUAAAAGACACUGUUUCUAUCAUUUAUGGAUAACAGGAUCUUUUUAGAGAGGUCACAUGACUGAAAUACCUCAGCUGCAUGUCCUGCAGCCAGUUUCUUUCAGUAGAGGAGCCAGGGUGAUGGCUCACACUUGUAAUCCCAACACUCUGUGAUGCAGGAAAAGUGCUGGGUUUGUGAUCAGUGAGCUCCAUGUCAACCUAAGAACAGAGUUAGACCCUAUAUCAAACAAACAAACAACAGAAAGUAAGAAUGCAGGCCACAGUCCUAAAACCUAGCACUGCAGAAAAGAACCAAACUUUAGUUUUCAGCUCUAAAUGAUGGCAUUGAUUCACAUUCUUCAUUAGAGAGAGUAAAUGUAAACCAUGAACUUCAGAUUAAAAGAAGAAAACACUGUCCUAUGGGUCCGUUUGCAGAAGCUUUGUAGAUCUAACUUAUGAGCGUUCUCAGCCUCAUUUCUCUUCCUCUCUGUUGCAGGAGGCUGUUCUUCUCCUUUCUCUCACAUCCCUUAUCAAGAACACCAACUACCAAGCCCCUUGCCAAAUUCUUAGACCCACUUAGGACAUAAGUUUCUACAUGGCUUAAUAGAAGACAGAUAAUCAGGAUCCCCCCGCCCCCGCCUUUCUAAAAAUCUCUAUUUAAAUGCUCUCAGUGGUCAUAGGGCAGAAGCCCAAGCUAGCUAGGGAUAGGGGAGGCCGCCAGGGAGAGUAUGUUUCCCAUCCCUGGGAGGCAUUCAGCCUAGCUCCUGCAGCCAAAUUACCGCAGCAAAGAACAAUGCAGUGCAUUCCUGGGCAGGUCGGUGGGCCCUAGGCGCCUGGGUCUGGUGGAGAGAGGUGCCAGACACAGAGUGCUCCGUAAGCAACCCUGCAGAGCUGGCCCUGGGUGCAGAAAUGAAAUACAGAGAGCUUCACGUUACACACCUGGUUAUUGAUGGCCUUGCUGGAGGCCUCUGCCCCCACCUUCACUUGGGAACUGCCUGUACUGCGGGGGUUGGGCAUCUUUGAAGCAAUGUUGGAAAAUAAGAAAGACAUGCUUCCUUUUUACUCUUUGCCCUUCCUGUCAGCCUGAGUACAACCGUGAGGAUACACAUAUACACACGUGCAGAAGGUGCACUCAAAAUGGACUCACACAGCUUUUCUCAGGCUGUGGGGGAAUUAUAGUAGUCUCACCUCUCCAACAAUUAAAAACACGCAACUAGAUUCCCCAGAAAUCAUACCAACAACAGGGUCAGCUACAAGCAAGGAAUGUUUCAAAACUACAUUAUCAACAUACAAUGCAAUGUUUGUUUUGGGAAUUGGUACUCUCCUGGGAGGUGGUGGAGGAAGGACAAAGAAAGGGCAUGGAGAAAAGAGAUCAAGGGUGGAGAAUUACCACCCAAGCAGAGUGGCUGAGGCUAUACAACUUCUCAAACCUGGUUUGCACUGAGGACAAGGAGGAGUGCAUCCUAUGUGUUCUGAAUGACUGGCCAGGCUCCUUCUGACUGCUUUGAGAUACACACAAUCACUGAGCUUGCUGCUUGUGACCUGUUGUUUUAAACUCUUGCCAGACUAGAAAAUGGGAUACUUCUGAUUCCAGGAACAAUCUCUGGAAAGGAGGUGCUGGAAAAGCACAAGCAGUGGCUUUACAAGGGUAAAUACAUAACAGUUGCUGACUGAACUAAGCUUUCACAGGAGCAGUUUUCAUCUUUGGACGAUUGACAGGUUUCAGGUAAUAGACCUGAACCUAACCUCAAAGUAAAAAGGGAUAGGAGAGUAUGUAAACUACUUUCCUCACCAUAGCCUGGACUCUCUCUGAGCAUUGUUGUAGCUAUUUACAUAGAAUGCUAUAGUCAUCCAGGAUUUGAAAAUGCAAGAUAAGCAAUCUUUGCUCUGCUCCUAAACUCUGAACUAUCUUUUCUUUGUUCACUUCCAUUUUGCCCAUUAAUCUAUGGACAGAGCAGCUGUACAUAGGAGUUCUUUAACCAAAGAUGGCAAAAUCUGAUGACAUUUUGUCAACACUACCAGCCCCUGUAAGCAGCCAUGGCCAAACAGAAGAGCCAAGCCAGUUUCAUCCUUUGACAAAUUCCAAGGUGUGGCUUCCACAAGAAUAAUAAAAAUGCUCACAAAUGCCUUUUGAACACAAAAUGCUUGGGCAUGUAUAUAUAGAUCUCACAAUCACCCCAGGGUGUGUAAGUGGGAAUUACUCUAUUUUAUGGAGCCAUUCAGCCAUAACGCAAACCUCGCUUUCUCUAGCUUCAAAUACUAUGUAAGCGUCUCAAAGUCUGAGGAUGCUAGGACUAAGAAGAGGGGUGCUGAGUACCAGCACUUCAAAACAGAAGUUGCUGCUAACAGGCCGAAGCCUUUAAGGGUUCUAGGCUGCCAGUGGAUCGAAGCAGAACUUACAAAGGCUGGGCCUACAUCCUCCUAACUUUGUCAACAUGUCUUGUUUGCACUUACUUCGUUGCUGUCACCAUUCAGUGCCCACUCUACAUAGAACUGUGCUUUUCAACAGCUUUUGCUUCUCGUUCUUUGUAGCCCCACUCCAUCCUUCAGAUUAAAAUUAAAAUUUUUGUUUUA